GUUUGAUUUACAACAGCAAAGGACCAAAACAUUUUCACUUCAAAGUUCAAAAAGGCCUGGACUAAAUUAUUCAAAAUCAAUUUGGUUGAAAGCAAGUGAUUCUCGUUUCUAUAGUUUUUCACCUCUGGUAAGUUGCAGGUGCGUACAGGAUAAAAAAUAGCCAUUCAACCGAACAAUCUGCUCCAUUUUAAAGUGCAAGGGUGCCAAUAUAUUUGACCGCACCUGUAAGUAACCUUGUCUAAGCCCUCCAGCCCAGGGUUGGAAACAUAACAUUGGGGCUGAAGUUCCAACAUUUAUUUGGCGUUCAAACGGAUUCUUUAUCUUAUUUGAUUCUUAGCAGGUUAUUUUAGAUGUGCUGUGAUCCUGACCUUACGUAGUUGGAGGGUCUCUUCCAAGACCAUCACACUGCGUAGUUUUCCAGCACACCCAUGACUGGUUUUCUAAUGCUUCUGUGUGUGGCAUUUCACUCUCUAAUUCAGAAUCUGACACCUUUUGGAGCCAGGACUUAUUAUAACCAUCUGACUGCCAGCCUCAGUCAUGCUCUGACCUGCCACAGAGAAAGCCAAGUUCCUCGACAGGGACAUACUCUUUGACCUCAUCCCAUCUCAUUUCAUUUAAUCUUGGUUUAACAGAUAGCCGCCAUCAUUCCGUGCUGUAAAGGUGACCCCGAAAUGUCUUCCAAUGGAGACCUGCGAGACGUCGGGAGCUGCGAAAGCUUCUGGGAGCCGGGGCACUACAAGAGGACGGUGAAGCGUAUUGACGAUGGACACAAGCUGUGCAAUGAGCUAGUCAGCUGCUUCGCGGAGCGGGCCAAGAUUGAGAAGGGCUAUUCCCAGCAGCUGAGUGACUGGGCCAAGAAGUGGAGGGGUGUGGUGGAGAAAGGGCCUCAGUAUGGCACCCUGGAGAAGGCGUGGCAUGCCUUCAUGAAUGCCGCUGAUAGGCUGAGUGAGAUCCACAUGGAGCUGAAGGAGCACCUGGCUGUGGAGGACAGCGAGAAGGUCCGUAAUUGGCAGAAAGAUGCCUUCCACAAGCAGAUGAUCGGAGGGUUCCGGGAGACAAAGGAUGCAGACGAAGGAUUCCGCAAGGCACAGAAACCCUGGGUCAGGAAACUGAAAGACGUGGAGUCAUCUAAGAAGAGUUACCACCAGGCCCGUAAAGAGGAGAAGACUGCUUUGACUCGCGAGACCCAUGCCAAGGCUGACCCCACCAAGUCACAGGAAGAGGUCCGCAAAUUUACAGACCGUGUGGAGAAAUGCAACCAGGAAGCAGAGAAGGCAAAGGAGCGCUAUGAGAAGGCUUUGGAGGAGCUGAACCGCUGUAACCCACGCUACAUGGAGGACAUGGAGCAGGUGUUUGAGAUAACCCAGGAGGCUGAGAAGAACAGGCUGUGCUUCUUCAAGGAGGUCCUGCAGGACAUCCACAAACACUUGGACCUCUCCAGCAAGGAUGGAUUCAAGAUCUUGUACCGUGACCUGGGCCAGACCAUCACUGCAGCCAAUGACAGCGAAGACCUAAGGUGGUGGAGAAAUACCCAUGGGCCUGGCAUGAGCAUGAACUGGCCGCAGUUUGAGGAGUGGUCCCCUGAGUCAAACCGCUCCAUCUCCAACCAGAAGGCGAGGAACAGCCGUGCCGAGGACGUGGUCACCCUGACCAACAUUGUCCCUUCAAGCGAGGAGGCACCCCAGACCCCUCAGGAGACCACCAGAGGGGUCAAAGACUACUCAUCAGACUGGUCUGACGAAGACAUCCCCAAAAAGGUCAUCGCUGCUAAUGGGGUGGAGGACGAAGAGAAGGUAGAAGGGGUACGAGUUAGAGCAUUGUAUGAUUACAAUGGGCAGGAGGCGGAUGAGCUGAGCUUUAAAGCAGGUGAAGAGCUAAUGAAGAUGGGUGAGGAGGACGAGCAGGGCUGGUGCAAAGGGCAGCUGGGCAACGGAGAGGUGGGCCUUUACCCUGCUAACUACGUCCAGGUCGUUACGUCCUGAUGACCCGCCCCCUUCCUGGGGAAUAACGCUGCCAAUGGUACUACAGAGUACAGACAUCAUGAGAAUUACUGACAGACAACUGACAGCCAUGCCAGUGCAGACAGUCCCCCAGAAGACUGGAUGUGCUUGGUGUUUUUUGUUGAGACAGCUGUUGCUCUUAAUUUCAAGAAUAAUGAAACAAGAAUACAGUCCAAAUUAAAACGGGUGUUUCCUUAACAAACUACUAGAGGAUUCAUAACAAGAAUGGAGGUCAUCAUCCCAUGGACUUUAUCCUCGGUCUUUGUGAGAGACAUAACCAGUACAGUGCCUUUUGAAAAGGAUACCAGGGAAGGAUGUUCGCACAGCUCUCCUCUGCCAUGUGACUGGCAGCACUCCGCAGUGGAUUAGGCUGGGUGACAGUAUGAGCGACCCCUGGAGGACAGGAUAGUACAUAGCAAGUUAACUGAUCACGAGAGGAUGCCUCUGCAAGAAUGCAGAAAUGAUCUCACUCUUCAGUUGUGCAUCAACUUUUGACAUUUCAGUAGCUUUCACUCAAAGCACAAUUCACUUCAAGUAUUUAUUAAGAUGAAAUGGUAUGCACAGUUUUUCACCUGUUACUUGCAGUUUCUUUACAAUAUGUUGUGUACUUCACAUGUUCUUCAUUUUCCCUAAUAUGUUUAGUAUGUAAAAGUACGUAGAUACACUUAAUAUUGCUAAGGGUAUGUUUGGGAUAGUUAGUAGAUUAAGGUUACAGUGCAUUCAAACCCACGUUGGUUCGCUGUGCUUGCUUAGAUAUAUAUUUUUCAGUACGAUAGCCAUACUUAUGUGAGAUGAGGGAUAUGAGAGUAAUUCCAUAUCACCUAUUUCGCAACCAUUUUUUUUGUAUUAGAAUUUCUACCUGCAGUCAGACUUUUAUUUGCAUUUUAAUUUAUUUUUCUUGUUGAAAUCAUUUUAAUUAUAAUUUUUUGCAUUUAAACUAAAGCAACUAAACCAGGGAGAGUAAGACUUGUAUAAGUUAGUUGAUUUAAACCUUUGGGAAGAAGUGAGAUGCAGGUGUGUACAGCUAUGAGACUGGUUUGAGGGCAAUGGAAACAUGUCUGUCUCCACAGCUCUGCACUCACUGUGAACAUGGUUUUACAUGAAACUACUGUAACAAGCUAAUCUAUGUACAAUUCAGAAAUAAAACAUUUGAAUCAAAUCCCAA